UUAAAAAUACAUACAGGCUGAAGGGAUAAACCUGAGUAUUUUUAAAAUUAGUAUUAGUAAAAGACUUUAAGCAAAUAUGCAGGCUUUUAGUAACUGCGGUUUGUGUGCUAGUGGGAGUCUUCUUAAAUGCCGGACUGACUUCCUGGUCGCCCGGAGAAACAUGGCCGUCCUGCGACUGAGUGCUGCAUGCGUUCAGCUUCUCAAGGACAAGGCUAACGUGCUCUGCAGAAGCCGCGUUCAUCAGCGUGUCCUGCGUCUGCCGGAGGUCUGUCGAUCCAAUACAGUCGCGUUCAGUCUCGGCAGCAGCCUCUGUGCGGUUCCUUUCACACAGCAGGUUGAAAACCUUUCACAUGAAUCCCUGAUUCGUCGGGCCUCAUGUCUGGUCACAGACAGUGCCAACACUUACCUUUCUCAGACCACACUGGCUCUUGUGGAUGCCCUCACUCAGUAUGCCAAGGCUCUACAUACCCUCAUUGCCCUUCAGAAGCGAUACAUAACCUCGAUAGGUAAACUGACCCGUGCUGAAGAGGACAACAUUUGGCAGGUGAUCAUUGGCCAGCGAGUGGAGGUUAGUGAUCGAUUGGAAGAAUGCAAACGCUUCGAGUCAAACUGGAUGAAUGCCAUCAACAUCUGCGAGCUGUCAGCAGAAGCAGCCCAAAAUUCAGGGGCAGAGCAUGCAUGCACAGCAACAAAGACGAAUCUGCAGGUGGCACAGUGCAAGGUGGAAGAGCUUCGAAAGAUCUCAAAAGAAGCAGAGAAAAAACUGGCCGAAGCGAAAGCAGAAGAAAUCCAGAGAAUGGCUGAAUAUGCCUCCAGCAUUGAUAUUAAUGAUCUGGAAGAUAUUCCUGAGGCCUACCUUCGUGAAGACUAGAAAAAGUUUGUGACAUUGGUAUUCUGUAGCCGGCAGUGAAACACUCAAUGAGUAUGACUGAGUCGAGAAUGCACCUUGAUAUGAAUUUGCAAUCGGUAUUGGUAAUGGAAUAAUGAAGGCCAACGAAGGCCUCAUUGAUAAAAGGAAAAAAAAAAUACCUGUAUUGAGUAAUUAAUGCAGCUUGUAAGAUACAUAUAAAAUGUAUGUGGAGGUGAAACCUGCAAAGAAAUUGCUUUGUAAGUAACACUGAUUUAGUAUUCGUAUGCGUGUAUAUAUUUUCAUAUUGUUUAUUUUUUUAGUGCAAUUGCAUGUUUGUUAAUGCAACAAUGAAAUCAUAUCACAUGUUGUGAUAUCCCAGUGUAUACAAAGUUGCAAUCAGUGCGUUUUAUAUUUGUAGAGAUCAACUCUUAUUUAUUAUCCUAAUAAACAGACAUUUUCACAAAA